GGAAUUUUUUUGAGCCACUUACGGUUCUUGGACGAGUUGGCAACACUGCUUUCAGCAUUUACUAAAUUAUAAUUUUUUGUCUUGGCAAAUUAUUUGCACAUUUUCCGUUAGAAAAGCAUUUUAUUAAAUACUCUCAUUUGAGACUGCGACGCUGCUGCAAAAAAUACACAUUUCAACAAACACAAAACAAACUACGGAAAGAUUGUGUUUUGGCGGGACUGUUGCUUGCCUUUUGGUCGAGUGUUAAGCUAAAAAAAAAUUAAACAAUAAUUUUCAUAUAGAAAGUAAACACCAACAUGGUCGAUCGCAGUGAUAAUGCGGAAUCAUUUGAUGAUGCCGUAGAAGAACGCGUUAUCAAUGAGGAGUAUAAAAUCUGGAAGAAAAAUACUCCAUUUUUAUACGAUUUGGUUAUGACUCAUGCUUUGGAGUGGCCUUCUUUAACGGCCCAAUGGCUGCCGGAUGUUACCAAACAGGAGGGUAAAGACUAUUCGGUACAUCGUUUGAUUUUGGGCACUCACACCUCCGAUGAACAAAAUCACUUGCUAAUUGCUAGUGUCCAGCUGCCCAGUGAGGAUGCCCAAUUCGAUGGCUCUCAUUAUGACAAUGAGAAAGGAGAAUUUGGUGGUUUUGGUUCCGUAUGUGGUAAGAUUGAAAUUGAAAUAAAAAUCAACCAUGAGGGUGAGGUAAAUAGGGCUCGCUACAUGCCGCAAAAUGCUUGUGUUAUUGCUACAAAAACACCCUCUAGUGAUGUUUUAGUCUUUGAUUAUACCAAACAUCCCAGCAAGCCCGAGCCUUCGGGAGAAUGUCAACCGGAUUUAAGAUUGCGUGGCCAUCAAAAGGAAGGCUAUGGCUUGUCGUGGAAUCCAAAUUUAAAUGGCUAUUUGCUGUCAGCUUCUGACGAUCAUACCAUAUGUUUGUGGGACAUAAAUGCUACACCCAAGGAGCAUCGUGUUAUCGAUGCUAAGAAUAUUUUUACUGGCCAUACCGCAGUCGUUGAGGAUGUAGCCUGGCAUUUGUUGCAUGAAUCGUUGUUUGGCUCUGUGGCCGAUGACCAAAAACUUAUGAUUUGGGACACACGUAAUAAUAACACUUCCAAACCUUCGCACACAGUAGAUGCCCAUACGGCCGAAGUAAAUUGUCUUAGUUUCAAUCCCUAUUCAGAAUUUAUUUUAGCCACCGGUUCGGCUGAUAAAACGGUGGCUCUGUGGGAUUUGCGUAAUCUUAAAUUGAAAUUACAUUCCUUUGAAUCGCAUAAAGAUGAAAUUUUCCAAGUACAAUGGUCUCCCCAUAAUGAAACUAUUUUGGCUUCAUCGGGCACCGAUCGCCGUUUGCAUGUCUGGGAUUUGUCGAAAAUCGGUGAGGAGCAAAGUGCCGAAGAUGCAGAAGAUGGUCCACCGGAAUUGCUCUUCAUUCAUGGCGGUCACACGGCCAAAAUAUCAGAUUUCUCUUGGAAUCCCAAUGAACCCUGGAUAAUAUGCUCCGUAUCGGAAGAUAAUAUUAUGCAAGUUUGGCAAAUGGCAGAGAAUGUUUACAAUGAUGAGGAACCCGAGAUACCAGCUUCUGAACUGGAAGGUGGUACAGUUUAAUAAAGCUCGAAAUAGGAGGUGUAUUGCAAAGGAGAAAAACAGCUCAUAAUUUUGAAAAUUAUAUGCUAAAGCAUCUUUUUAAAUGUUUAAAUAUAAGUUAGAACUCGAUUCGAUGAGAGUAUUUUUAUUAUUUGUAUGUUUCAAGAAAUUCAAACAAAAAAAAAAAAAAAAAAAAAA